AUUUACACAUAAUCUGUUAGUGGCAAUCAUAGACCACCAAAUAUGGAAAAACACCUGUUCUUGUUUCUCAUCUCUCUCCUCUUCUUCUCCUCUUCAACUCAUGCAUCAAACUCUUCUUCAUGCCCCAUAGACUUUGCCUACGUCAACACCUUCCCAUGGGACACUUCCGACUGCACCACUGCCACCACCAACGCCACCCAAAACUGCUGCUCCGGCCUCAGGAGCCUCUUCGGCAUCGGCCUCUCCAACCACCUACACAAAAACAAAAGCUUCUAUUUCCCAACCCUACAAGCCUCCAAUUCUUGUUUCAAUGACUUCCAAUCCCACCUCUCUUCAUUAAACAUUAAACAAAUCUUUUCCACCUGCCUCACCUCCCCCGAAGAGUUCGUCGCUAAUCCGUCGAGUUGUGCGGGGAUAAUGACGGUUUCUGAUUGGAUCAAGACCGUUGGUCCCAAGCCAGUUUUUGAGUCCUCAUGUGAUGGAGAUCUUGGUGGAUAUUUGAAGUGUAGAUCUUGUCUUGAUGCAGGUAUGGCGGUUAAUUCUGGGUUGGUUUCCUUGAACCAAAACUCAACCAAAUGUUUUCAGUUCACUGCUCUAUAUGCUGCUGGAAUCAUCAACAGAUUUGGACCCGAAGAUACUCGAACUGCGGAUUGUAUACUCGCGGUAUCUGUAUCCAAACCCAAGUCUAAAUCCAAUUCAAGAUCGAAAAAGAACAUCAUUUUUGCUGUUUUAGGAGCUUUGGGUGGAACCCUAGUUGUUUUAGGUGGAAUCUUGGUUUACAGAAGAUGUAGGUUCAAGAGGAAAGAGAGUCAGUUGCAUAAAGAUUAUGUAAAGAAUGUGAAAGAUCGAGUCUUGCCCAAUACCGGUGCAAAAUGGUUUCAGAUAGAAGAUCUUGAUGCAGCCACAAAAGGGUUUUCACAACAAAAUUUGAUUGGUCAAGGUGGGUUUGGGGUUGUUUACAAAGGAACCCUCUCUGAUGGAACUGUUGUUGCUGUGAAAAAGAUGACUAGCUCCGACACAGAAGCUGAUGAUGAUUUUGUUAACGAGGCUGAGAUUAUAAGCAAGAUCCGGCAUCGGAAUCUUCUGCCGUUGAGAGGGUUUUGUGCUACAAGCGAUCCGGUUAAUGGGACCGAAAGGUAUCUUGUUUAUGAUUUUAUGUCGAAUGGUAGUUUACAUGAUCAUAUAUUUGAUCAAAAGGGGUCAAGCAAAAGGUUAAGUUGGCCUCAAAGAAAGUCUAUUAUUCUUGAUGUGGCUAAUGGGCUGUCUUAUUUGCAUAAUGGGAUUAAACCCGCAAUAUUUCAUCGCGAUAUAAAGGCAACAAAUAUCCUACUGGAUUCGAAUAUGAAAGCAUUAGUUGCAGAUUUCGGAUUAGCUAAGCAAAGUAGAGAUGGACAGUCUCAAAUGACUACAAGAAUUGCGGGGACUUAUGGUUAUGUGGCUCCUGAAUAUGCGCUUUAUGGACAACUGACAGAAAAGAGUGAUGUUUAUAGCUUUGGGAUCAUAGUUCUCGAGAUCAUGAGUGGGAGAAAGGUGCUUGAAGAGAUGAAUGGAGUGAACUCUGGGAUGGUUUUGAUUGCGGAUUGGGCAUGGGAUUUGGUGAAAUCGGGUAGAAUUGAUGAGGUUUUUGAUAGUUCAAUGAGAGAUGGAACGUUGCCAAAGAGUGUGAUGGGUAGAUUUGUAAGAGUUGGAUUAUUAUGUGCUCAUGUGAUGGUGGCAAUUCGGCCUACGAUUUCUGAAGCUCUCAAAAUGUUGGAAGGUGACAUUGAUAUCCCACGGUUGCCGGACCGCCCACCGCCUCUUGGUCACGAGUCGUCUAGAUCAAGUUUCGAGCAUAGCAACAGUGUGUGGUCGAGCACCCAAGGAUCUGUGUUUGGUUCUAGUCACAACCUUUGAAUAUGAGUCAAGACUCAGUUAAGACUUAUUAUUCCACUAUGAACUAUUUACUAGUCAUUGAAUGUAACAUACUUCUUUACUGAUAAUGUACAGGUCACAUGACAACCAUUAAGUGGUUUUUGUAUUCUUUUGUAUAAUAUACUCUGGGAAACUCAAUACAGGUUGUCAUGCUUUUAUUA